AAACACAUUGAAAGAUCGUGAAAAUCUAUGGCGAUAUGGCGUGGCAACCUUCCGAAGCAGGACUUUCUCAAAUUCUACAACUCUUAAAAGAGUCGCAAAGCCCAGACACAGAGAUACAACGAGCGGUUCAACAAAAACUUGAACAACUAAAUCAAUUCCCCGACUUCAAUAAUUUUCUGAUCUACGUGUUGACCAAGUUGAAAACAGAAGAUGAGCCGACCAGGUCCCUCAGCGGCCUGAUUCUCAAGAACAAUGUCAAGGCACACUUCCAUAACUUCCCUCCCAACGUGACCGAGUUCAUCAAGAGCGAAUGUCUGGAGAACGUCGGGGAUCCUUCCCCGUUGAUCCGGGCCACCGUUGGUAUUCUUAUCACCACCAUAGCAACCAAGGGAGAGCUCCAGAAUUGGCCCGCUUUGUUGCCAACGCUAUGUCAAUUACUAGACUCUGGCGAUUACAAUACGUGUGAGGGAGCAUUUGGUGCAUUGCAGAAGAUCUGUGAAGAUUCCACGGAGAUCUUAGACAGCGAUGCCUUGGACCGUCCACUCAACACUCUCAUUCCUAAGUUUCUUCAGUUUUUCAAGCACGCAAACGCCAAGAUCAGGUCUCAUGCCAUUGCGUGUGUCAACCAAUUCAUCAUCAGCAAGACCCAAGCGCUCAUGCUACACAUAGAUCCCUUUGUAGAGAACCUGUUCGCUUUGUCACAUGAUGAAGAUUCUGAAGUGCGUAAGAACGUCUGUCAAGCGUUGGUCAUGCUACUCGAAGUCAGAAUAGAUAAACUACUGCCUCAUAUGGCCAACAUCAUUGAGUACAUCUUACUACGGACCCAAGAUCCUGAUGAGUCAGUAGCUCUAGAGGCGUGUGAGUUUUGGUUAACUCUCGCUGAGCAGCCCAUCUGCAGAGAAGUCCUGGCUGUACAUUUAAGCAGGCUUGUUCCCGUCUUGGUACGCGGCAUGAAAUACUCCGAGAUCGACAUCAUCCUCCUGAAAGGAGACGUCGAAGAGGACGACAUGAUACCGGACAACGAGCAAGACAUCAAACCAAGAUUCCAUAAAUCCAAGACACACGCUCAACAACAUUCAGUAGAAGAGGAUGACGAUGACACUGGAGAUGAUUCUGGGUCAGAUUACGGCAUGGACGAUGAUGAUGCUCUCUCAGAUUGGAACUUAAGGAAGUGUUCUGCAGCGGCUCUUGAUGUACUGGCCAAUGUAUUCCGAGAUGAUUUGAUGCCGGUCCUUUUGCCAAUCUUAAAGGAGACUUUGUUUCAUCCUGAGUGGGAAGUCAAAGAGUCCGGAAUCCUGGUCUUAGGUGCAAUUGCUGAAGGAUGUGCCAAUGGGAUGGUAGCCCAUCUACCUGAAUUAAUACCAUUCCUGAUCAACUGCCUGUCGGAGAAGAAAGCUCUAGUCCGAUCCAUCACAUGUUGGACACUAAGCCGUUACUCACAUUGGAUUGUCAAUCAACCUCAUGAGAUGUACCUACAGCGUCUGAUGUCAGAGCUUUUGAAGAGAAUUCUCGACACGAAUAAAAGGGUUCAGGAAGCGGCCUGCAGCGCCUUUGCCACCCUAGAAGAAGAAGCGUGUACUGAGCUGGUGCCGUAUCUAGGGUUCAUCUUACAGACAUUAGUCUUUGCAUUCAGUAAAUACCAACAUAAGAACCUUCUCAUUCUGUAUGAUGCCAUAGGCACUCUGGCUGAUUCUGUCGGACACCAUCUUAAUAAACCAGAGUACAUCAAUAUGUUAAUGCCUCCACUGCUGGAUAAAUGGAACUCUUUAAAGGACGAAGACAAAGAUUUAUUUCCGUUGCUGGAGUGUUUAUCGUCCGUAGCUACAGCGUUACAAUCCGGCUUCUUACCGUAUAGUGAACCAGUCUAUCAGAGAUGUGUCUCACUCACGGAGAAGACAUUGGCUCAAAUUGCUGCAUCUGAUGCUCAUCCCGACCAAGUGGAACCGCCAGAUAAGGAUUUCAUGAUCGUCGCUUUGGAUUUACUGAGUGGCCUAGCGGAAGGAUUAGAAGCUCAUAUCGAGAAGCUGGUGGAGAGAAGCAAUAUAUUGAGUUUACUCUUCCAAUGUAUGCAGGAUAAGAUGCCCGAGGUACGGCAGAGUUCCUUCGCCCUCCUUGGAGACUUGACCAAAGCCUGCUUCAAACAUGUCAAACCUUGCAUCGUUGAUUUCCUCCCAGUCCUUGGUCAAAACCUCAACCCUGAGUUUAUCUCUGUAUGUAACAAUGCUACCUGGGCCAUUGGCGAGGUGUCAAUACAGAUGGGUGAAGAAAUGGAGCCCUACAUACAACUGGUACUCAAUCAAUUAACAGAUAUCAUCAACAGAGCGAACACACCCAAGACACUUCUAGAAAACACAGCAAUCACAAUUGGUCGCCUAGGCCUGGUUUGCCCGCAAGUUGUGGCCCCUGUGCUUCCACAGUUUAUACGACAGUGGUGCACAUCACUUAGGAAUAUCCGCGACAACGAAGAGAAAGAUUCUGCAUUCCGAGGCAUCUGUGCCAUGAUCAAUGUCAACCCGGCCGGUGUGGUGCAGGAUUUCAUCUUUUUCUGUGACGCCGUGGCGUCUUGGCAGAAUCCCAAAGACGAUCUCAAGCAGAUGUUUUACACGAUCCUUCACGGAUUCAAAAACGAAGUCGGAGUUGAAAAUUGGAAGAGGUUCUCUGAUCAGUUCCCCGCCCCCUUGAGGGAGAGACUAGCCGCCAAUUACAUGGUGUAACACACAACAACGAUGCACUCUGAAGGAUAAAAAAGCAGCUGUCUUUGAAGGAAUUGUAUCUCUGCAAACAUCUGUCUUCAAUUGUGGACAGGGAGUCCAGGAACAUCCGACUAUGGGGAACAAUAUCUCAUAUAUAAGCACACCACCGGAGUUGAAGCACUUGUGAGGUCAAAGGUCACAGCGUGUAUCAAAGGUCAUCUCGUAUAGAGUGCUGUAAGUUACAUGAGUCCUACUACACAUGAUUCAAGCGGGUUUAUUGUGGUGUUUUCAGGGAUGAGAUUGUUCAAUUUUUUGGGCUGAAUUCAGACUUUUUAUGUCGGCCUGGUGAAGAAUAUCAUACAA